UCAUGGAGACUCUGGGAAACGAGGCUCUGGGGAAGAUCAUAAACAUCGUGGAUGAAGCUCAGCUGCUGGUGGAGUCUGGCAGGGGCGGCAGGAGACCGCAGGUCAGCGUCCUCCACAUCCUCAAAAACUCACCUGUUGAGUCCGAACACUCGUACGGAGCCCGACAGGAGAGCUCCAACACACACAGAUCCACUCAGUUUGAACCUGAGGACGAGGUGGUCACCUUUAAAGAAGAGCACGAUGACAUUGACCUGAGAGCCAUCGUUGAGAGAGCUCGAUUUGAAGCUUCCCAGCUGAUGAGCUCAGACCUCCAGGAGCAGCCAAAGUUUAUUCAACAGAAUGUCACCUUGAAAUACUUCGUGUGCACGGCGUGCGGUAAAUCCUUCACGUCUCAGAGCAGCCUGAAGUCUCACUACCUCAUCCACUCGGGUGAGAAGCCGUUCUCCUGCAGCGUCUGCGGACGAGAUUUUCGCCAGCGGCAGAGCCUGACGAAGCACAUGAGGACGCACACCGGGGAGAAGCCAUACAAGUGUCCAACCUGCGGCAAGUGUUUCUCCGACCACACGACGAUGAAGACGCACUCCAUCAUCCACACGGGAGAGAAACCCUAUGGGUGCGAGUUCUGUGGCCGGCGCUUCAAUGUGCUGCACAAUCUGCACCGCCACGCCCUAACCCACACCGGCGACAAGACCUUCGUCUGUGGCGUCUGUGGAAAAGGCUUCACCCGCACCACAGCUCUCAAAACUCACGAGCUCAUUCAUGCCGGGCAGAGACCCUUAAAGUGCGAGCAAUGCCCCAAAACCUUCCGCCACCCUGUCAACCUCAAGAACCAUCAGAGGAUCCACACCGGUGAGUGUCCAUUCAGCUGCCAGGAGUGUGGCAAGUCAUUCAGGCUGCGGAGCACUCUAAUCACACACCGCCACAGGCACUCCAACGAGCAGCCGCAUGUCUGCAGUUUCUGCGACAAGAAGUUCCAAUUUGCUAGCAGCCUGGCGAUGCACCUGCGUAUCCACACCGGAGAGAAGCCGUACGGCUGUGACAUCUGCGGCUACAAGUGCAACACGGCCAACAGCCUGAAGCUGCAUGUGCGCAGCCACACCGGAGAGAAACCGCAUGCCUGUGACAUCUGUGGCAAACGGUUCAACAACCCCAAUGGCCUGAAGAUGCACCUGCGAGUCCACACCGGAGAGAAGCCGUACUCCUGCGACAUCUGUGGCAAAACCUUCAGGCAGGACAACCACCUGAGGACGCACAAGAAGCUGAUCCAUGCCGCAGGUAAGCAGUUUGUCUGCGACAAGUGAAGAGAGAUACCAACACCUGCUGACUUGAAGGUGUGCGACGGCGCAUGAGUGUGACCUCGUGUAUGAUCAGACAAAUAAAAUUUCGUUUACAGUAGAGUUUGGAUCAGAGAGACAAAAACAUUUUUAAUGUUUAGCUGGACAGGAAGUAGGUCUGUUCGACCAGUCAGAGUUUGUUAAUGUGGGCGGGGCCUCUGGUUCAGGUAGUACUUAAAGUUUACUUUUGACCAGUUACCUGAUUGGUGCUGAACUCAGAGCAGCGCUUUCUGGGAUUUGUAUUUCACUUGGCUCCUGUUACCUUUGACCUUUUCAUACUUCUUUUCUAAAAUCAAUUUUAUUUUAUUUUUAUAUUUAUGUUUUUUGGGGGGGGGGGCAGGUACAAUAACAUCACCUAAUGUAAGCCCCGCCCACUGAAAUGCUGCAUUCUGAUUGGUUGAAACCCUGAAUCUCAGUUUUGUUGU